UUACUAAUAUGAAUAUUAAAGACUUAUAAUUUAUAAUAAUUUGAAAUUUGUAUCUAAUUUAAUUAUUAUAUUUUGUUAAAAAGAAACAUUAGAAUUAAAAAAAUGUUAGGUAUAUAGAUAUAUUAAUCGCACAGGGUGCGGGACAUCAACUAGUAUUUAAAUGAAAAAAAAAUGAAAUAAAGAGAGGGAUGACCCGGAUCAUCGGUUUUACCUGUUUUUUCUCGAAUCCGGGUUUUAAACCAAACUGGACUCGGUUUCUUUAACGAGUCAUGGUCAAACCGGUCCGACUUGCCGAUUCGGUCUGGUUUUCAAAACACCGAUAAAAGCUUAUUUACCAGAUUGAACCAAUUAAUGUGUCACUAGUUAACCACAUAAAACCAGCAAUCUGUGGCACCGACCAAACCAUAAGCAAACCGGAUAUAUCUAAAAUAGAUAGUGCUAACUCCUCGGAUAAGUAAGGGGAUCAUGUAUUCACAAACACUCCGCACACAAACAAUUAUCACGUUUGAUUAGAAACCGAAUCUUACGCACAACAAAUUGCAUUGAAACAAUUUACUCAUAGGGUGUGAUUGAAAGGAACUUAUAGCGAUAAUGUUCCAGGGAUAAUUAUUUUUUUCUUUCAGUUCCACUUGUAACUACCAAUCAGGUGAAAAUAAGUUUUAUCUCUCUUACGCUUAGUACUGUUCAAAUAGAGGUAUGUAUUGCACUUUUUUCCCUCACUGUUUUUUAGGUGGAAAAUAAGUUACAAUCAACUUUUAUUUUUUUUCAUCUUUAUAACUUUACUAUUUUUCUUCCUAGUUACUCCAUUUCAAUUACUAUAUCAGUUACUCCAUAAUUUAUCAAUCACACCCAUAAAAUCGUUUUCAUCUUAAUAUAAGACUGAAAAAGAAAGUUUUCUACAAAGUAUAAAAUAGUAGUAAGUGCAUUUAAACAGUUCGAUGAUUAAGACAGAUCGAACUAAUAAAAUAUAAAAUGUAUAUAGUGAAAUCAGAUCGAUCAUUUUCGGGGGUGGAGCCUGAUCGAACGACGCCUAUCUGUGAAGAGAUAAUAUCACGGGAAAAUUGGAAAAAUGAGACAUUUUGAACUUUUAUUUGUCAAAAUAGGAUUUCUGAUAUUUUGGGCAAUUCUGGACAUAUUUUACCCUUUUUUUUAUGGAAAAAAUAGUAAACUGAAUUUUAAAAAUGUUAAAAAAUAUCAAAACUAUUGGAAACAUAAGUAUGACAAUAUAUAUGUUUAAAUUGUUUUUUUUUUAAAUGAAUCAUAUUUUAUUUCAUCUUCUAUCUACAGUUACAAUACUCAUUCUAGUUAUCUACUUAGUCUAGAAAUCGGCUACUAAUGUUUAUACAUAGAUAUAUCUUUGGUAUACAACGUAACCUAUCUUUUCUUAUAUAUUCUAACCAAAGCUAGGUUACGUUACAUUAUAAUCAAGAAAGAUGUAUUUCUUAUACCUUUAGCUUGAUAACGACAUAUAGCCACAAUGCGUUGAUAUACCCUAUCUAUAUUUGGAGCCAUGAUAUGGUCUGUCUUUUACCUUAUGUGGCGCCUAGGGAAGAAUAUGUUUCACAUCUACUCUACUGUAUUCUGACUUACAUAGGUUAUACAUUCUACAGGAAAUCCGAAAAAUAUGGAAACUUCCAUAAUCGGUUAAAGAUGUUUCCUAAAUGUAAACUAAAUCUUCCCUAAAUAUCUCCAAGAAUAUUUUCUCCCACGUUUUUCUCCUUCUCCCACGAUCUUUUGUCGUCGUUCUUUGUGUUUCUCUCUUCUUCAUCGACAUAAUCAUCUCUCUUUUCUCUAUCAAUACAACAUGGUUCUAAUCUAUGUCAAAUCGGGUGAAUGGAUGUGCAGUCGCGGUGAUGACUGGAGUUUCGUGGUAGACAAAGAAAGGCGUGGUCGAAUGGUAACAUUAGCAACUACUACUACGUUGAAGCAGCUCAAGAUAACGGUGUGUGAGGAUUAUGGGGUGGACCAUAAUGCCAUUAAUGCCGAGUUCAGUUAUUCGUUGUUGAAUCAAAAAGGGAAUCCUCCAAUUAUUAUCACCAAUAAUCGGCAAGCAUCUAAUUUUGUGGGCUAUGCAAAGAGGGAAUCGUCUACUACCUUGUGUGUGAUGUUCUUUGUUUCUGGUGUAAAUCAAAAGGAACGAGUCAAUAUCGAUUUGAAUAAGGAGCCUUGUGAUUCAAGUAAUGUUGAGGAUGAAGAAGUUCCUGAGAUAAAUCGAGCAGAGUUUGUCAAGCCGUCAAAGGAGUCUUUUGUUAAAAGAACGAAUCAUGUCGCUGCGGAUGGUUGCGGUGCUUUAAGGAGUGAAAACAUUGAACUUUGUCAAAACAAUGGAGACAGUGAUAAGGAUGGUCGAGCUUGGAGAGGAGACUUCGUGAAGAAGGAUCAAAUUUUCACAAGUAAAGGGGUUCUGAAGGCAACAAUGGAAAUUUUGGCGAUGAAGAAUAAUUUCGAUUACACUGUUAUCAAAUCCACGAGAAAAUGGUGGUAUAUUCGAUGUAAGGAUGCAUUGUGCAACUGGACUGUGCGUGCAGAAGGAAUAGAUGGGUCUACAUAUUUCAUGAUCAACCAAUGUGAUGGAAGACAUUCAUGUGCUCCUUCAAAGAAAAGGAAAUUCGGAAAAACAGCAUCUGCAAGAACAAUUGGGACUCUGAUACAACAUCGAUUUGAUGAUGCAAACGAUGGCCCAAAACCGAAUGACAUCAUUCAGUUUAUGAGAAUGGAGCAUAGUUGUGAGAUUACUUAUUGGCACGCUUGGGAAGCUCCUGAGUUUGCUAUUGCAGCUGCUAGAGGUAUACCAGAUCGCAGUUACUCUAAAAUACCAGCAUAUUUGCAUAUGAUUAAAGAAGCAAAUCCUGGUACGCAUACUCACUACGAAAAUAAUGAGAAGGGAAAAUUCAUGUAUCUAUUUAUGUCAUUUAGGCAAUCAGUUAGAGGAUUCUACAAUGAAAUGCGAAGGGUGAUUGUCGUUGACGGAACUUUUCUGAAAAAUAAAUACAAAGGGACACUUCUUGUUGCUACUGCUGUAGAUGGUAACUCUAAUUUGUAUCCGAUUGCAUUUGGGGUUGUUGAUUCAGAGAAUGACGAUUCAUGGGGGUGGUUCUUCAGACAGUUGAAAGUGGUUAUUGCUGAUUGUCAAGAUCUAGCUUUUGUCUCAGAUAGAAAUGCGUCUAUUUCUAAAGCUAUUGGGACUGUCUACCCUCGAUCAGCACAUAGAAUUUGCAUUCAUCACUUAUUGACCAAUGUGGUCUCAUUUUUCAAGACAAAAGGAUUGACUGCGUUGGUGGAAAAGGCUUCACGGGCAUAUAGGUACACUGAAUUUCAAGAACGUAUCACCGAAAUUUUUGAUAUGAGUCCUGAGCUUGGAAGAUAUCUACGGGAGGCUGAUGUGCGCAAAUGGGCUCGUUCUCUCUUCCCUGGCUCCAGGUAUGACAUUAGGACCACGAACCCUGCAGAGUCUAUAAAUUCAGUUCUUAGAAUACCUAGAGAAUAUCUGAUUAUUCCUUUGCUUGAUAGUAUAAGAGAACUGUUGACUCGAUGGUUCUAUGAGCGUCGCUUGUUAAGCUCAAAGCAUGUAGAUCCUUUAACCGCUAAGGUGGAGAGAAAGAUUGAUAGGAGAAUUGUGAAGGCAAAAGGAUUCCAGGUUUACAAGGUUGACAACUUCAGAUCGGUUGUAAAAGGAGACAUAUAUGAUUGUCAUGUUGAUUUGGAAAGAAGAACAUGCACAUGUGGUAAGUAUGAUAUAGGAAAAAUUCCUUGCCGACACGCCAUUCCUGCAAUUUAUUCACGAGGUAUGGAAGUAUAAACACAUGAAUACUUGAGAAUUAUUUAUUUUCGGGAUUUUCAUCAUAUAGACUUCAUAUUGAUCAAGUUUUUUUUGAGAUUGACAGGUAUGGAAGUGCACAGAUUCACUGACGCCUUAUACAGCACUGCAUCAUGGAGAACCGCCUAUGCAGAUUCCAUUAAUCCAAUAGCAGUUCUAGAGUCUGAAUGGAAUGUCCCUGCUGAGGUUAAACUUGCAAAGGUUUUACCACCAAAGACAAGAAAGAGUGCUGGUCGACCAGUAAAGAGAAGGUAUGAAUCAGUAGAAGACAAGAUCGCAUCUUCUCAAGGAUCAAGGAAGAAUAAAAAGCAUAAGUGCAGCCGUUGUGGAACUGAAGGACACAAGAGAGAAACAUGCGAUUUACCCAUCUAGUUUGUUAUGUGUCUGCAUCUGUCUCUGUUUUUUUUCUUAUUGCUUUUGAAACUAUUUGAUCUUUUGUUUAAGAACCUAUUUGACAAUUUGGUAUUUGCUAAACUAUAGAGACAAAUCGAUUUAUUCUAGUAACAACCAAAGUAUUUGUAAAAUAAUUCGUUUCAGUAGAUGAUGAUCACCUCGAAAUAACAAGAAACAUGGUCUUAACUUCUUUGAAAAAAAGAAACAACAAGUUGAGGAAGCACAUAAAAGUAGUUGUGCGCGAAGUCGCUGCCUUUGUUGAACAUCAUGCAUAGAUAUGGUACAAGAAGACCAUCACCAAACAACACACAAACAAAGCUUUUAUGCCCCUUAGUUCCCUAAUGCAUUCCGAGGUCUUCUCUUCGUAAUGGCACAUUGCAUCUUCCAUCUCUUGAAUUCUACUCUCAUGGCGUGUCAUCAUGGCCUCACCAGCUCUCACUGAUUUCUGAAACUCGGAAUUGUCAACGAGUAACACGUCAAACAGGUCUUGGAAGUCUUCAAUCUCCUCAACAACUGACUUGUCAGUCCAUUUGAACAAGUGGGUUUUGUCCUUCAUCAGUAACAUCCAAUACACAAUUAGAUUGACUAAUUCUACUCUCAUCGGACAACAAGGAGACAGUUAUAUAAUAACAUGACUAACCUUCUGAGAUCCCAAAGGACAACAAUGAAAUAAUCUUCCCGGAUUUUGAAUUAUUUUUGAAGUGAAACGAUUCACUGCCUCACCGCAAUUGCAUCUUGUGGGAAUUCCCCGUUGUUUCGCGAGGCGAUCUCUUGUAGUGGAUGAAGAAUUUACUGAAGACAUGAGGGAGUCGAUCUCCAGCUUUUCGCCGCUGCAAUCUCUCUGUCGAGGAAGAAUGAGGAAGAAAAGUGAUUAGGUCAAAAAAAUAACCAAAACUACGUCGUUUCAUACUCCCAUAACGCGUAUUCUAGCUAAGGCAGAGUAGAAAAAAGUCACUAAAUUUAUCGAUAACACCACAAGAACUUUGUCUUUGAACCCUCUAAAUUAGUGUUUAAACAUCUAUCAAACAUAGUGGACGGACGUACUUAGAUAGUGACCAAUGUACAAUAAUCAAUAAAUAGGUGUGUGUUUGAGGCGUUGGAUUAAUUUGUACUUUGGUUUUAGUUAAGGGUUUGGUUAGAGUAUGUCUGAAUUUUGCUUCAGAGAUGACCACGAGAUCAGAUUGGAGCCAAGGAAGGUGCAGAAUCCUCCAGUGGAGCGACGAGUGGAGGAACAGCCUCCCCAAUCACUAUCACUGUAAGCUCUCACCGCGAAAUCUGUUUCACUUGUGAAGUUAAUGCCAAGUUCUGUCGUUCCCCUGAUAUAUCUGAGGAUUCGUUUCAGCAGAUUGAAAUCCGAGACAGAUGGGGCGUGCAUUUUCUGACAUAUGUAGUUGACAGAAUACUGAAUGUCGGGUCUUGUUAAUGUCAGGUACUGAAGCUUUCCUGCGAGACUCCGGAAGUAUGUUGGAUCCGAGAACAGCUCUUUUUGUUGCGGGAUUUGAUUGAGCUGAGUAGGUAGUGGAGUGGCCACAGGGUUGCAGUCUGACAUUGCCGCCACAUCGAGUAUGUCCUCAGCAUACUGCUGCUGGUUGAGGAAGAGACCAUUAGCAUGGAAGGUCGCUUGAAUGCCAAGAAAGUAGUGCAUUUGCCCCAAGUCCUUCAUCUUGAAUUGCUUGCUGAGUUCAUCCAAGAAUGUCUCCAUGACUGAUGAGGUGUUUCCGGUGAUCAGCAUAUCGUCAACGUAGAGAAGAAGCAUGAUGACAUUCUUCCCAUGAGAGUAGAUGAAGAGAGAGGGGUCUUUGUAACUGCAAACGAACCCAAACUCGAUGAGAUAGUUGCUGAAUUUAUCGAACCAGGCGCGGGGAGACUGCUUCAAGCCGUAGAGAGCCUUGUGAAGAAGACACAUGUGAUUGGGUUUGGUCUUGUCUACAAAGCCGGCUGGCUGCUUCAUGUAAACUGUUUCAUUCAAGUCGCCGUGGAGAAAGGCGUUUUUAACGUCCAUUUGUCGAAUGUGCCACUUCAUGACCAUAGCUGUAUGCAGGAUCAUACGAACCGUGGCAGAUCGCACCACAGGACUGUAUGUCUCAAGGGAACGAGAGACCAUGUUUUUGUUUCUUCGCAAUUGCCAAUUUCUUCAUUCAUGGAGGCAUUCCAUCCAGGAUGGCUUAAUGCUUCAGCCAGC